GCUACUUCCUGUUUGGUACCCAAUAUUGUUGACUGUCGACAGGAGUCGACGCAUUUUGUGUUCACAAGUUCGGGCUUUGAAACUCAAUUGACAGAGAAAUAAUCAUUAUUGUACCAACGUGACGAUGGCAUCAACGUCAAGUGAUGAACCCUCAACCUCUGGCUCUUCUGGCAAAGGUGGCAGUGGCAAGGCAUCCAGCAAGUUUGCUAGGCUGAACAGACUGAGGGAUCUGGAGUUGAAAAUGAAUGAAGCCAGAAAAAUGAACCAUGCAGAAGUUGUUGCUGAGGAUGAAAGAAAGAAAAGGCCUAAGAAUUUUGAUGCCAAACGAAAGAGAGUUGAGUGGGAGCAGAAAGACGCUGAACAACGAAAGGAAUGUGAAGCUCGCGGUGAAGACUAUGACAGAGUGAAGAUGCUGGAAAUUGGUGCUGACGAGUCAGAGAGGUGGGACAGGAAGAAGAAGAAGAAAAAUCCUGACCAAGGUUUUGCAGAUUAUGAACAAGCGACCUUCAGACAGUACCAACAGCUGACGAAGCAGAUCAAGAAGGACUCACAGGAAUAUGACAGAGAGAAAGACAAGUUGGGAGAGGACUUUUAUGCUUCUGCCAACACCUUGGGUCUUCACCAACGAAAAGACUCUGAAGACGCAAUCGAUAGAAUGGUUGGAGAUCUUGAAAAACAGAUUGAAAAGCGCUCCAAGUACAGCCGACGCAGAACGUUUGACGAGGAGGCCGAUAUUGAUUACAUCAAUGAGCGCAACAUGAAGUUCAACCAAAAGCUGGAGCGCUUUUACGGGAAAUACACCGCGGAGAUCAAGCAGAACUUGGAGAGAGGAACUGCAGUCUAAGGCCUUCACGGCCGCUGGGGGAACUUUGAGGGGUUGGAUGCGGUUAUUUCAUUAAUCUCAUUAUAAAAAUAUUGCCUAAGUUAUUUUUUGUUGGUUUGGAGUUUUUGGUUCUGAAAUGAAGAGCAGAACCAGCUUGGUAAUAUAGUUCACUUGGACAAAAGAAUAAUCCCCCAAAAAAUCAACUUGGUGUACCAAAAUUCAAGUGUAAUUAUUCGAAAGAGAGUUAUUUCUCAUUUUCUCAAAAUGGCUAAAAAUGACUACGGCGUUUAUCUUAUGAGCGUGAUGAUUUUUAUGUUAGAUUGUAUGUGAGCAUAACAAAAUAUGCAGAGAGCAGGAAAGAGAGAAAGUGGAGGCUCAAAGGAUAGUGUUGGAGUGAGAGAGGGAGUGGGAGAAAAAGAGAGAGUGAGACUAUGUUCUGAAAAUUUGACCAGGAGCCAGAGUAUAAGGUCUUGUGUUUUAGGAAUUAUGCACUGGGGAUUUUGUCUGUCUUGUACAUAUGAGUUUCAAUAAAGAUGUCUUAGUCCUACAA